AUGUUAAAAAUGUUUAUCAUUUUCUUAUUCCUUGUUGGAGCACUUUCUAAUUAUCUUAAAAACCCUUCAUUUGAAGAAGGUAAUGGAAUAGAUAUAACUAACUGGAGAAACCAAUAUGAAACAUGUCAAAUUGACACAACAAUUUUUCAUUCAGGGAAACAAUCACUUCAUUGUAAAGAUGCAUCAACAAGUCAAAGAGGUGGAAUUAAACAACGUAUUGAUAAUUUAGAAACUGGAAUGACAUAUAAAUUGUCAGCAUAUAUUAGAAUGAAAGAUGUACAAAAUGGAAAUGUAUUAAUAUUUUCUGAAAGUUUAGACUCAGAAGAAGGGAUUUAUGGAUAUAGUAGUUCAAUAACUGAAUGUACUUCUGGUACUUGUAAUGAUAAAUGGUAUUUAUUGGAAAUUGUUGGAAAUAGUGGCUUUAUACAAUCAGCACAUACCUUUGGAAUAUUAUUACAUGCUGCUGGUGCAUUAGGAGAAUUUUGGAUUGAUGAUGUUUCAAUGGAAGCAGUAAAUCCUGAUAUAUUAACAACACUUCAAGUUGUUUCAUGGAGACAAGAAGCAUACAAGGAUGAUAUAGAAAUUCGAAGUGGUAUUAAUGUAGAAAAUACAAUAUUUGAAAAAGGAGAUUAUUUAUCUUUUAAAUUAGAACUCUCAUCCCAAACUACUUCUUCAAAAUUAACUUCAGAAACAUAUACACUUAAAAAGGAAUUACGUCAACGUAUUGUCUCUUUUAUUAUUAACCCAUCAACACUCAACCCAGGUUAUUAUACUGUCAAAUUAACUUGUACAAAUUCUUAUAAAACUCAAAAAGUUGAAUCAAUAGAAACAACUCUUAGAGUACUUGAUCAUAAACCUUCUUAUACAACAUAUAUUGAUGAACAUUUAAUUACAUGGAAAGAUGGAAAAAAGUUCUUCCCAUUAGGACUUUAUUUUGAUGAAAUUGUUGACUCUGACCUAGAGUUAUUAAAAGAUAGUCCAUUUAACCUUAUCAUUGGACCAGGUGGAAUGACACCUGAAACAGUACAACAUAUUUAUACUGCUACAAAUAACCAAAUUAAUGUCAUUAGACCAGUGACUAAAGGUGCUUGUGUUGAUCCAAACAAAUGUUCUGAACAAGACUUCAAUGAUGGAUUAGUUAUAUUAAAAGGAUUAAUUUCACAAUUUAAAGAUAUUGAAGGAUUUUUUGGAUAUUAUCCAGUAGAUGAACCAUUAACAACUUUUAUUGAUAGACUAAAACAAGUCACUUGGACUAUUAGAGAAAAUGAUGAAAAACAUGUUGUUUAUACAGCUGUUAAUAAAAACAGAGAAGUAGCUACUCUUAAAGAAGGUAUGGAUUGUUUUGGAUUAGAUGUUUAUCCUGUUCAAAAUGAAGAGCCAUUGUAUGCUGUUUGGCUUGUUGCAGAAAGAGGAAGAAAAGGAGUUGCAAAUGGACAAGGGUUAUGGAACAUUAUCCAAAUAUUUGAUUGGACUGUUUAUAAAAAACCAAAUGAAGAACCACCAACUGAACAACAAAUAAGACAAAUGACCUAUCAAACUAUUGCUGGAGGUUCUAUGGGUAUUAUUUAUUAUGACUUUACAGAUUUACAUAAAAUGAAUAGUAAAACAUCAUUUGAUAAACAAUGGAAUUCAGUAAAAAAGAUUGCACAAGAACUAAAGGAUAAGUAUGUUGAUAUUAUUUAUUCUAUUGACAUACCAAAUGAAAAUUAUAACCUUCCAGAACAAGGACAUGAUGUUGGAACAAGAAUAUGGAAAAAAGAUAAUAGUGAUUAUAUCCUUAUUGUUAAUAAUCAAAAUAAAGAAAUUACUUAUACGUUUGAUAGACCAAGUGAAGAUUUGAAUUUAGAAAUAAUUAGUGGAACAUCAACUAUUCAAUAUAAUGGAACACGUGUUACUUUAAAAAUGCCAUCAAUGGAUGUUGUAUGGCUUAAAAGUGAUGAAUAUAAAGAAAAUAUAACAAAUUCUCUUCAAAUACUUACAAUUAUUUUAAUAAUAAUGUUAUGGUUCAUUUAA